GUUGAGCCGACGAGAAGAAGAGGUUCAGUCGAGAGUAGUCGAGCCGAGUUGCAACAAGUGUCCCCCAUCCACCCACCUUUUUUUCUUGUUAUCGCCGCACUGGCCAGUUGUUUCUUGUUGCAGAAGAGCGGCCCAAAGUUCUGUUGCGAUUACAAAUCGAUCGUCCGUGUGUACAUGUGCGUGGACUAGCCUUACCAACUGAAUGACGAGUGACGAUUUAUUGAUGGAGUCGGUCCCGAUGGACCGGCUGUCCAGUUGUUCACUGGACAGCGUCAUCGGCUACUUGGAUCAACUUUUGGCAAGGAAUAAAGAAACAGUCGAUGGGGUGGUGAUGCGAUCUGCAUCUCCCACGCAGCGCGAGCCGAAGGACGAGACCGACGGUCGGAAGACGUUGAGCCCUUCAUCGGAUCGCGUUCGAUCCAAUUUCGCGGACGAAGAAGAAGAAUGCAUCCAGCGAGUGAUGGACUUGUCUUUUGCUUCCGUCUACGAAAUGCCUGCGUCAUCGAAUGUCGGCCAUUCGAUGAUGCCCGUCCGAUCGGUUAUUGGAUGUCAAAAAGUGAUGACCGUCCUCAGCGAGUCGCUCGAUCCGCCCGAAUCGUUGGACAGCGGAGUCGAAAGUAACAAAUCGGACGACGAGUGUCAGACCAAUGGCAGCCAUUCGCCCGUCGCGUGCGCCAGUUUGGGCGAUAAAGGUCGCAAUUACGCCAUCCCGUUGCAUCAACACGAUUAUCAGAAUUUGAUCAGUUGCUCGCCUUUGCAGCAGCGACGGCCGGCUCGCCGGAAUCAUUCGCUAGCUUUGUCCAACUGUCGAACGAGUCGAACCAAUCGAAACCGUCAAGAUGGUGGCCGCGAUCACAUUCCGAACGUUGGCCGUCACGACAAGAAAACGAUGAAAGAGGACAAAUUUUACGAGAUCUGUUUGGGUCAUUUGUGCUGGCAAAUGGAAGCCGGAAACAGCGCCGCCGGAACUGGACUCGGUUUUGAUCGAUGGAUCUCCAUUUUCUCGUUGCAGAAACAUCAGGACGAGUUGAUUCAACUGUCGGCCAAUCCUUCGUCUCCAUCCGCUUCGUCACCGGCCAAUCACCGCAAACACAGUCAUCAUCAACCGCAGUCUCAUCAGCCAGGUGGCAAAAGGCAAUCGCAACGUCAUCACAGCACCGGUGGCAUCAGCAGUCGUCAAGGAUCGCAAGAAAACAACAACUCUAAUAACGGAAGGAGUAGUUCGACGUCCGGCGGAUUGGGUAUCCCUUCUAGGGAGCCGUCGCUGGCCGACGCGAAUAUCAACAGCAGCAAAUCGCCGUCGUCGCCACAGCGUCAGGAGCGCAAUCCGUCGGUUGUCAGCGCUACGGCAGUCGAUGGCGGUGCCACGACGGCCAGCGGAAACGGACGCAGCAAUCCUUCGCCACCGAGCAACGCUCAGCAAACAACGGCCCCUGCCGGCCAACCGACCGGCCAAACGGGACCCAACAGCAAUCAAAUCGCCCAACUUACUUUGUCGCCCAGUGAACGCGCCAUGAUGAUGGGCAAAGUUUUGAAAACGCUCAUCAUGGCAGCGUCUUCGGCGUCGCCCGCCUCCGCCCUCAUCCGUGACCGUAAAGUACCCGGACGUGGCACCGUUCGUCACUGCCUGGUCGGCACGGAAAUGGUCGAUUGGCUGCUCGGCCUCAGUCCCGAAGUGCACAGCCGUGCCCAAGCGUCCGCCAUGUGGCAGGUCUUGCUGGACGAGCAAGUCAUCCUAGCCCUGUCGAAGGAACAUCAAUUUAAAGACAAGUUCGUCUUCUACCGAUUCCACGAAGACGCCGAGGGGCGAGGAGACGGCCCCGCUGGUCGCAAACCGAGUCAGGACGUGGUGCGCGACGCCCAACAGAAGAAGGACGAAGUGAUCUCGACGUUGACUCAACUGGCACCCGAUGCCGUCCUCAAAGCCAUCCUAAGAAAACCGACUCACGACCGGUCCCCCGACGAUUUGGAGAUCAUCUACGAAGAGUUGGUGCACAUCAGGGCCCUGUCGCAUCUGUCGACCACCGUCAAACGAGAGUUGGCCAACAUAAUCGUCUUUGAAUCACAUCCACGAGCAGAAACUGUCUUGUUUAAUCAAGGAGACGAAGGCGUGUCGUGGUACGUUAUACUCAAAGGCUCCGUUAACGUCGUCAUCCAUGGCAAGGGCGUUGUCACGACGCUGCAAGACGGCGACGAUUUCGGCCAGUUGGCGCUCAUCAACAACGCACCCAGAGCUGCGACUAUCAUCACGAGGGAAGACGGCUGUCAGUUCCUGCGCGUGGACAAGGACGAUUUUAAUCGAAUCCUGCGCGACGUCGAAGCCAACACGGUCCGGCUCAAGGAGCACGGACGUGACGUCCUCGUUUUGGAGAAGGUCAGCGCCAAUCCGAGCGCAGCUCAUCGACAUUCCGCCUCUUCACACUACAAGUAUACGGUGAUGGCGGGAAUGCCGCAAAAGAUGCUGGAACAUUUAUUGGAAACGCGUUUGGAUGCGAGGCAUUUGAGCGUCCGCGACGAGGAUAUCAUCCGACCUUAUUCGUCUGCUACGGACAUGUUCCUCGACGACUUCCUGUUGACGCACAUCAUGUUCAUGCCGACGCACCAGCUGAUCACGGAGCUGAUGAGGAACUACCGGAUCGAAUCGCCAACGCAGGACAAGGAAUUCGUCGUGGCCAGCAAAUCACGUGUCGUUAAUUUCGUCUACCAGUGGGUCACCAGCAUUCGCGAUCCAGUCUUUGACGAGACCAUCACUCAUUCUUUCUUCGAGCAAUUGCACAGCGAAGUCCACGCUGAUGCCCGGCUUUACCACACGUUAAGAGAAGAAGCUGCCAUGCUGGAUCACGUUCAAGAGCUGCUAGGAGAGUACCGUGCGGCCAGACAACAGGGUGGAUCGUUGGCGACGUUAACGUGGACGUUGCCUGCCGGAGGGCAAUCGGUCGUCCUGUUUUCCGCGGUCAACGCGGCAGCCACAGCUGCUGCAGCCGCCGGCAACAGAAAGAACAGCGGCGAAUCGAACGCGGCCAGUGCCUUUAGUGCGGAAAAGAGACGACCCAUCCGCGCUGAUGACGACAUCAUCUUCCGCGUGUACUGCGCCGACCAUACAUAUUGCACGUUGCGGCAACCCGUCAACGCCACGGCAGAGACUAUUAAACUCAACGCCGCCGACAAGUUAGGCCUACGCCACGAGGAACUUGUGUUAGCUGAAAUCAAAUCCAAUGGUGAAAAGUCCGUGAUUAGCGAUACCGAGGUUAGCAUUGCCACUUGCUUGUCCAUCAACGGACGCAUUUUUGUUUCACCCAAAGACCACCUCGACGCCAUGACGGUGCUGCCCGACCAGGAAGGACCUUCCGACGGGACAUGUAACGAGCUGGAAAUGUUUAGCACGCGAGAGUUAGCUUAUUACAUCACCCUGAUCGAUUGGGAUCUUUUCUGUUCUGUUCACGAGUAUGAGCUGCUGUAUCACGUUGCCGGAGCACAACCCUUCCGCAAGAUCAAGUCCAACCUAGAUCUAUUUUUGCGCCGUUUCAAUGAAAUCCAGUACUGGGUUGUCACGGAAAUUUGCCUGGCCAACACGUUGGGCAAAAGAGUCCAACUGUUACGCAAAUUCAUCAAAUUAGCCGCUUAUUGCAAAGAGUUCCAGAACUUGAACGCUUUCUUUGCGCUCGUCAUGGGUCUGAGUAACGUGGCCGUCAGUCGUCUGACUCAGACUUGGGAACGUCUUCCGUCCAAGUUGAGGAAAAUGUUUAACGAGUUUGACGGUUUAAUCGAACCAUCACGCAAUCACCGGGCAUACCGGAUCGCUGUGGGGAAACUCCAGCCGCCCAUUCUUCCCUUCAUGCCUUUACUUUUGAAAGAUAUGACGUUUACGCACGAGGGUAAUCGGACUCUACUCGACAGCGCCGGAUUGAUCAAUUUCGAGAAGAUGCACAUGCUGGCCCAGACGAUGCGAACUCUCCGCUACUGCCGAAGUCGGCAACUACUGCUGCAACCGCCAACUCCGCGUAGCGAACAGGAAGUCCGCAACUACAUUCGUAAUUUGAGGGUCAUCGAUAAUCAGCGCAUCUUGACCGGCCUCUCACAGCGACUCGAGCCGAAACGGGCCUGAAUUCUUUUGAAAGCAUAUCACCACGCAGCCUACUAUUAUUUACCAAAUAGUCCCAGAAUUCCGUAAAAAGAAAGGUGAUUUUUUUAAAACUAGUAGAUAGAUGAAAGGAAGAUACCAUUUCGACAGAAAUUUUUUGCACAAAACGCUUACAUCUUUCCUUUUGCCUCGAUAUUUCCGAGUGUGUUUCCAAAGUCCGAAUUGCGAUACGUUCUACGCACAUCAUUCUUUCCAUAGGCGUUCUGAUCAUUCUAUUUUUGCUAUGAAUCUUACAUAAAACAUAUUACUACUAUUUUAUCAAAAAAAAAACCUAAAUAUAUAUAUACAGUAUAUUUAUCAAAGAUAUCAUGAUGCAGUUUCCUAUCCAGAUCCCUGUGUGUGAAUUUGCCUCCAUUUUGAUGCUAGGCGUGUUUGUUACAUUCUUAAUCAUUGUUUUCUCAGUCCACACUGUUUAGCGCAAGUUUAAAGAGGCCUACGGACGUCAAAACUGUUCAUUUGGUUUACUGUAUAUCUUGGUUUUGAAGAAUGCUAAUGAAAAUCUAUGGCCGUUCCGAGUUCAUUUGUCAUUCUCUUUUACGUUUUAUAGAGCCAGUUCAAAUUUGCGCCUUGUUGUGGUACGUCUUCAUCAACCAAUCUUAUUCAUCAACGUCCAAAUUAUAAUCCAUGUUCCCUAUAUAAACUUAUCUUGUGACACUUUUGUAUUAUUUCAAUUUCGAGUCUUGGCCAUUCUGAUCUUGAAGGGGGGAAAAAUAUAUAUGUUUCAAUCAUAA